AUGUCAAUUGACGAAGUCUUAACAACUGCAGUUUCAACAAUCAACCAAUUAACAAAAUACGAAAACAAGUGGAAUCUAAAAGUGAAGGUUCUUCGAAGAGGAUCAAUUACCACAUAUAGCAAUAACAAAGGCACUAGAGAAAUUUGGAAAGUCAUUUUAGUUGAUGAGGAGGGUACAAGAAUACAAGCGUUGAUGUUUAGCAAUGUAGUCACCAAAUUCAGUAACCUUUUUAUCAAAGAUAAGACAUACUUUGUUUCCAACGAUGCAGUAACACAACCAGACGAGAAUAUGACAUAUGAUAUAAUUGGUUUUGUUAUUGAAGUCAAGUCAAUAAUCAAUAUAAACAAAGAUGGAAAAGGUCCCCCAUCUAAUAUGAGAGAAGUUGUACUCAAAAAUAACGAAUUGUAUUUGCUACGGUUAACCCUAUGGGGGGAUCUAGCAAAAAAUGAAGGUCAAAUACUUGAACAAUUACUUCCACAAAAACCAAUCAUUGCAACAUCUCAAGCAAAUGGCUCAAUAUACGAAGGUGAAUUUCGGCUUACUACAACAUCUAUUACGACAAUUGAAAUAAAUCCAGAGCUGCAAAAAGCAAAGCAAAUGUGA